ACCGAUGCCCCGAUCCAUAAUAGUAUAUAAAUUAUUUUUUAAUCCGAAUUCUCGAUCCAUCUCAACAUUCGAGAAUUUGAAAUAAGUUUUCUCGGGUAAGAAAACUAGUCGACAUCUUCAGAUCUAUUCGUUCCGCUCGAUCACAUCUUGAUUAGUAGACUUGGUGACUACUUUAAACUCUUAACACAUUCAUUGGUCAAAAGAGUUUCCUUUUAAUUACUUAAACCCACAAACAAAAAAAAAUGUCAUCAGUCUCAAAACAAAAACGUUUGGCCAAAAAAGCCGCCAAAAAUUCAAAGAAGCCAGAAGAAACACCCGAUGUAAACGGCUCAUCUACUAAUAAAGAAACUAUUGAGAAUAGUACUGCAGCCGCUGCUAACGGCUUGUCUUUGGAAACAUUAAAGAUCUCUGGCGAAAGAACUGCUACUGGUGUAUUGGCUUCACAGCCCAGAUCAAGAGAUAUUAAGAUUGAGCAAUAUAGUUUAUCUUUUUAUGGGCGUGUGUUGGUCGAUAAUGCAACAAUUGAACUUAAUUUCGGUAGACGAUAUGGUCUAAUAGGUGCAAAUGGUUCAGGAAAGAGCACUUUCUUGGCGUCUUUGGCCGCGAGAGAAGCUCCAAUUCCGGAGCACAUUGAUAUAUAUUUAUUAAAUCAGGAAGCGGAACCUUGUGAUCUUAAUGCUAUCGACUAUGUCAUAUUGGCAGCAAAGAGUGAAAUUACUCGUCUUGAAAAAGAAGUUGAGGAUAUACUGGCAGAGGCAGAAGGCGCGGAAGACCUAAGAUUAGAAGAUUUGUAUGAUCGUAUUAAUGCUCUCGAUGAGUCGACAUUUAAAUCUCGUGCUAGCACUCUCCUUCAUGGAUUAGGUUUCUCUCAAGAAAUGAUGGCCAAAAAAACUAGAGAUAUGUCUGGUGGUUGGAGAAUGCGAGUAGCGCUCGCAAAAGCUUUAUUCAUUAAACCUACUUUAUUGUUGUUAGAUGAACCAACAAAUCAUUUGGAUUUGGAAGCUUGUGUUUGGCUCGAAGAGUAUUUAAAGAAUUAUAAUCGUAUUUUACUUUUGGUCAGUCAUUCUCAAGAUUUUCUUGAUGGUGUAUGCAAUGAAACUAUGCAUUUAACGGAAAAGAAAAAAUUAAAUUAUUACGGAGGUGGAUACUCUUCUUUCGUAAAGACUAAAGCAGAAAUGGAAGUAAACCAAAUGAAGGCAUAUCAUAAACAACAGGAAGAAAUUGCACACAUUAAAAAAUUCAUUGCUUCGGCUGGUACAUACGCUAAUCUUGUCAAGCAAGCCAAAAGUAAACAAAAAAUCAUUGACAAGAUGGAAGCUGCCGGUUUAAUUGAAAAAGUCGAACCACCCAUCACAUUCAAAUUCAAAUUUGAAAAUGUUGAAAAACUUCCUCCACCGGUAUUACAAUUCGAUCAAGUAUCUUUCUCUUAUAGCGGAAGCAGUAAAACUGUAGAUUUGUUAUAUAAAGAUCUUGAUCUAGCGGUGGAUUUGGAUUCUCGUGUAGCUCUUGUGGGACCUAAUGGCGUGGGGAAAAGUACUUUGUUAAAAUUGAUGAUGGGCGAGAUUCAACCUGUGAAAGGUAGAAUCGCUCGCCAUACUAAUUUGAAAUUGGCCAAAUACAGCCAGCAUAGCGCUGAUCAACUUGAUAUGGAUUUGAGUCCAAUUAAUUAUAUGAGAAAAAAUUUUGCUCAUCUGAAUGGAGAUAUUGAUUUUUGGCGAAGUCAAAUCGGACGAUAUGGUCUUACAGGCAUUCACCAAACGAAUGCCAUCAAGACUUUGAGUGAUGGAUUAAAAUCUCGAUUAGUUUUCGCCGAACUGGUAUUAUCGAAACCAGACAUUGUUCUUAUGGACGAACCUACAAAUCAUUUGGACAUGGAAAGUAUUGACGGACUUGCAAAAGCUAUAAAAGAAUAUUCGGGUGGCGUAGUGCUAGUAUCCCACGAUUUCCGAUUAAUUUCUCAGGUAGCAAACGAUAUAUGGUUAUGUAAAGAUAAAAAAGUAACCACAUGGAAAGGUACUAUUGAAGAAUAUAAGAAAUAUCUUGCUAAAGGGGUUAAAAUUUAAUUAGAUAAUUUGUGCUAGUUAAAAAAAAACAUUUAGUAAUUUGAUUUAAUUUGAUUAGUGCAAUAUAUUUAUUAAACAAAUGGUUUUACGCUUUGUAUAUUUUGCAAAGGACCUUUUAUUAAUAAAUUUUU